CGUAACAUUUACAAGCGGCAGGUAAGUAAGUGCAACAGUUUUUCUUUUGUUAGAUUUUUUUGUCGGUUUAUCUGAGGUAAUGCGCCACCGGCCGCACACUCCCGAUCCUGAACAGUAGGGAGCGGUGAUGCGCUUCAAAAACGUUGGUUGCAAUCUGCCAAAACCUCAACAUGAGAAGAAGAUUGCCACUGGUUAUGGUAAGUGGCCAGUGAAGGACGUGGACAGCUGCUAGCUUUGUUGAACUCGUAUGAGAUCCCUUCUAAUUUACCUUCACAUUGAGUGUCGCUUGUUAACAUAAGGUUAACGAACUGUUGAUUGGUGGUCUAAAUCACAUUCGCCUUUUCUCAAUGACAACACUUCAUCGCAUUCUCCUGCCAGCUACUUAAGACAUUUCAAUGUGGCGAAGACUGUGCCUGACAGCACGGGCGACUCACAAGAAUCAUGUAUGCUCGCUGUUGAUUCCGUGUGACACGCGACUGUGCGCCGCAGUCUGUAGCAACUUCAGCACAGGUAGACCCCUCCACAAUGACAUUUUCAAAGAGGUGGAGUCCCAGUUCAAAGCGUUCAGGCAGAAGGCGUCCGAUGCCCUGCCCGGCAGUGACUGGAGUCCGUUUGAGAAGAACGCCUCUCUGCCCCCGGAGAGGGCAGACAUCGUGGUGGUGGGUGGAGGCGUGGUGGGCUGGUCCAUAGCCUACUGGCUGAAGAAGAAGGAGCGUAUCAGGGACGGGGUGCGGGUGGUGGUGGUGGAGAAGGAUCCCACGUAUGCCCAGGCCUCCAGUGUGCUGUCUGCUGGGGGCAUCCGUCAGCAGUUCUCCCUGCCAGAGAACAUCCAGCUGUCCCUGGCCUCCGCGGACUUCAUGAGGAACAUCAACGAACAUCUGAGUGUUAUGAAUGAAGACCCAGUGGACCUUCAGUUCAACCACUCUGGUUACCUUUUCCUGGCCAGCGAGAAAGUGGCCCACAUCAUGGAGGAAAACUACAAAACUCAGAGGGAAGCGGGGGCCAAGGUCUCCCUGUUGUCCCAGGCACAGCUGAAGGACAGGUUUCCAUGGAUCAACACUGAGGGAGUGGUGCUAGCCUCCUACGGGCUGGAAAACGAAGGCUGGUUUGAUCCCUGGACUCUGCUGAAUGCGUUCAGGCGCAAGGCCAUGUCCAUGGGGGUGUACCAGUGCUUUGGAGAAGUUACAGGUUUCAAGUACGUCUCGAAUGCCAUGACAACUCAGGAUGGUGAAGUGGUGGAUUUCAAAAGGAUCAAACAUGUUAACGUUCAGAUGCCCAACAGUCUAGAGUAUCAGCCGGUGGAGUGUGCCAUCGUGGUGAACGCGGCCGGCGCCUACUCCGGCAGGGUGGCAGAGAUGAUUGGCAUUGGCGCCGGGGCGAAGGACACCUGGGCCGGCAUCCAUCUGCCUGUGGAGCCCAGGAAGAGGUUUAUCUAUGUGGUCCACUGUCCAGACGGACCGGGCCUAGACACUCCUUUCCUGAUCGACUACUCUGGAGUUUACUUCAGACGGGAGGGCCUGGGCGGGAACUACAUCGCUGGGACAUCUCCCGAGGAGGCUGAGGAACCAGAUACCAGUAACCUGGAGGUGGACCACAAGUUCUUCCAGGACAAGAUCUGGCCUCAUCUGGCCAAUCGUGUUCCAGCCUUUGAAUGCUUGAAGGUCACAAGCGCGUGGGCUGGUUUCUACGACUACAACACGUUCGACCAGAACGCCAUCCUGGGCAUGCACCCGCUGGUGAGCAACAUGCUGUUUGCCACGGGCUUCAGCGGCCACGGCCUGCAGCACUCCCCCGCCGUGGGCCGGGCCGUGGCCGAGAUCAUCUUGGACGGAGAGUUCCGGACCCUGGACCUGAAGGCCCUGGGGUUCAAACGCAUCCUGGCCCAGGAGCCCAUGCUGGAGAGGAACAUCGUCUGAGAGGGUGGGUGGAUGGACUGGAGCCCUCCUGGUCUCUGGUGGGGUUCAAGGACUGGAGCCCUCCUGGUCUCUGGUGGGGUUCAAGGACUGGAGCCCUCCUCCUCUCUGGUGGGGUUCAAGGACUAGAGCCCUCCUCCUCUCUGGUGGGGUUCAAGGACUGGAGCCCUCCUCCUCUCUGGUGGGGUUCAAGGACUGGAGCCCUCCUCCCCUCUCCAACAUGCAGCUCAUCCAGCUAGAGUAGAUAGCUGGGUCGGACUGGCCUUCGGGAGAGUCGGGAGAUUUCACAAACGGCCGCGGCAUGAUUAAAAAAAAAAUAAAUAAAUAAUAACACUG